AUGUCUAAGAAAACGGCAGCCUGCCCGCUAUUGAUCCGACACCGGUACCAAAACCCUUUUCCUCCGCCGCCGUUCCCAGCCAAGCUUCUGCACAUCUCCACAGACUCAGUCCGGUAUGCUGACUACCGAUUCCUGCGGAACAUUGAGAAGGAGAGGGAGGUGCCGCUGAUCUCGGAUGCCGAUCUGGGGAUGCCGAUCGAGUUGGGAAUCGAGGCUGAUGGGACCUACGGGCUCGGGGCGUACUGGGAGGGAGACCGAAAAGGCAUCUGUCCCGAUACAAAUGCCGCAGACCCCCUCGACCCAGAAGACUUGGCGCUGUUGGCUGAACCCCCGCCGGCGCCCGGCUCCUCAAUCUCAAUCACCAAUGGCAAUUCUCAGAAUCAUACUCUGACCGUCCAGGGCACCUCUCAUCCUUCUGCUAGUGGCUCCAGUUCACCCGCCCCGAGCUCAGUCCACAUUCCCGACCGGCGGAAGACGGAGGUUUCCUGGCUUCGAAGGACCGAAUACUUCAACGACGUUCAACACAAAUCUCGCGAUAGCAUUAAUAACCAAAAGAGUCGAGCGCAAGUGCCCGCACUACCGAAAACGAGAACCGAGAGACUGGCGCAGAUUCAUUCAACGUUCGACCUAAUCGCCAAUCUACCAAUUCAGAGUCUGAAGCACCCUACGAAACCAAAUCUAAAAGCGGUCGAAGCGUUCGAACUUUUACCGAACGAGUCAACCUGGGCCAAUACUUAUGACUUCUAUCGGUUCCAAGAGAAUCCGACCGACCGGUCCGACCAGAGCUCAUCGAUGUCCACCUUACCGGACGAAAGGCUGGAGCAUGCUAUCCUACGGCCUGUGGAAAUGAAGUCAGGGGGUCCAAGGCUGGCUUACUUCCUUCCAGAGAGCGCAGAGGGGGUGAAUAAUUACAAGCGGAUCAAGGAAGAGAGAAAGAUGAUUGACGAGGAAGAUCAGGCUGAAGAUAUAAAGGAGGACGAUCCAGAAGCCGGGGCAGAAACUAUCAACGAGCUGCGCUUUGUUCGAGAUUACGAGAUCAGUCAAGAGCGUCCGAUCAAUCAAUAUCUAGUAAUCUUUGACGAUGGCCAAACCUCAGGGCGUCGGAAGGGGGCUUAUUUCAACCCAGUUGGUCAUUUCAGGACGCUACGAAAACGGAGGCCGAAGCCACAAGAGCCUGCUCACGAGGACGGCGAAGGAAACCCGCUUUGGGAUGGCAUCAGCGUCACCCUCCAAAACAACCCCGAGGCAAUCGAAUCGAUUAAGGUCGUCCGCAACGAGUUGCUGGCGUCGGUCUUAGAGCCCCCGAGUGGACCCUAA